AAGCGGCUACGAGGGGGAAUGCAGCGGCAGGGAAGCGGCUACGGAGGGGGAAUGCAGCGGCAGCCAAGCGUUGGCGGGGGAGGAAUGCAGCGGCAGCCAAGCGCUGGCGCGGGAGGGAUGCAGCGGCAGCCAAGCGCUGGCGCGGGAGGGAUGCGGCGGCAGGGAAGCGUUGGCGCGGGAGGGAUGCAGCGGCAGCCAAGUGUUGGCGGAGGGGGGACUCAGCAACAGUUAAGCUCUAGAGGCCGACCAAUGCAGCGACAGGCCAGCUUCGGUGGUGGAGGAGUGCCGCAACCUGGUGGCCACGCUGGAGGGGUAGUGCAACCACAGCCAGGCUUUGGCGCGGUAGGUAUGCAGCAGCAGGGAAGUGUUGGCGGAGGAGGGACUCAGCAACAGUUAAGCUCUAGAGGCCGACCAAUGUAG